GGUUUUGACGUGCAAGUCAACGGCGCCGUAAUCUCCGUUCCAGCCUUCCGACGCGACUAUGGGUAUGUACUCGACGGCGUGGCAAUCUUGCCCGCCAGCUGGCAGUCUGCAUUCAACACCUGCAGCUCGGUCGGUCAGUUCUUCGGAGGCUUUCUCUGCAGCUGGUUGGCCGACCGCAUUGGACGAAAAAGAUCUCUUUUCUGCGGAAUUGUUGUAUGCACGGGCGGAAUCAUGGGUGAAAUCUUCUCGGACACUCGCGGAGCAUUCCUGGGAUCCAAACUCGUGCUUGGUGUGGGCCUGGGCUUCUACCUAACCCUCGGGCCAUUGAUGUGCAGUGAAAUCACCCCGGUGGUGCUGCGUGGAUUGUCUACCGCAGGUGUUAAUCUCGGCAUUUCUCUUGGCCAGCUUUUGUCCAAUGCUGCGAUCAAAGGGUUUGGUGAGCGAGAGGACCGCUGGGCAUACGCAGGUCCAUUCUCUAUCCAGCUGCUGUUUACAAUCGUCCUACUGCUCGGGGUAUCAUUUUCCCCAGAAUCGCCGUGGUAUCUGGUGAAACGAGACAAGCCAGAAGAGGCGAAGAAGGCCCUCCGAAAAUUAUGGGGUCCAGACUUCAACGUCGCGGCGAAAUUGAGCACAAUUCAACUAGCAGUUGAAGAGGCGCUUCAGCAUACAGAGACUAAAUAUCUCGACUGCUUUCGUGGCACCAAUCUUCUUCGGACUGGGAUUUCCCUCGGAGGUUUCGUCUGCCAGCACCUCGUCGGCAUUGUCUUCGUGCUCGGAUACUCAACUUAUUUCUUCGAGCUUGCCGGACUCGAACAAUCUCACUCUUUUAAUCUCGGAGUCGGGGUUACUGCCUGUGGUGUUCUUGGGAACUUUCUCAGCUGGUUCAUUCUCAACUCGUUCGGUCGUCGCAGAACGUUCAUAAUCGGUAUGGCGACGAUGACUACCCUACUUGUGCUGAUCGGAAUCAUGGACGUAAUCCCAUCCAACGGAGCAAACUGGGUCCAGGCAUCGUGUACGGUCAUAUACGCCUUCGUGUACUUUCUCACGGUCGGUGCGAUCUCUUUCGUGCUUUUGGGCGAGGUAUCGACGCCCCUGCUUCGUGCCAAAACUACCGCCCUAGCAACUGCGGUACAGGCGGUCUUCGGCAUUAUCAUGAAUGUCAUCAUGCCAUACAUGGUGAAUCCGGACGAGGCCAAUAUGAAGGGCAAAGUGGGCUUUGUGUUCGGGGGUUGUGCGCUCGUGGCUACCAUCGGGAGUUGGGUGUACGUGCCGGAGCUCAAGGGCCGGACGUUUCCGGAAAUUGAUCAGAUGUUUUAUAGCCAUGUGCCGCCGCGAAAGAUGGGGCAGUACGCAAGUGUGCCAUAUUGA